AUGUUAAUCGACAACAACGUAUUAAGAAAUUUAUUCAAUAUAGGACGUCCUCAAUUGAGUCGACUUAUAAAUAUAAAACAAAUCUACAAUAUUAACCAGCUCAGACCUUUUACUAGAAAACAUCGGAAUGCCGAUGACGAUACAGUUUGUCCAAAUUUAAUGAGAGGUAUUGACUACACUCGAAUACCACAUUUUAACAAGGGUCUGGCAUUUACAAUGGAAGAACGACAAGUGCUAGGAAUACAAGGAUUAUUAGCAGCUAACGUCAAAACACAAGAAGAGCAGCUCGCAAUCUGCACUUACUCAGUAGAUAGAUAUAAAAACCCACUAAAUAAAUAUCUUUACUUAUCAGAAUUACUGGACACGAAUGAGAAAUUGUUCUACAAAUUACUAGGUUCUAAUAUCGAAAAGUAUUUACCAUUAGUUUAUACUCCAACUGUUGGAUUAGCGUGUCAAAGGUUCGGUCUAGUUUACAGGAGACCACGAGGACUCUUCAUCACAAUACAUGACAAAGGAAGAAUUCAUAAAAUUCUUAGGAAUUGGCCAGAAAAAAACGUACGUGCAAUCUGUGUUACUGAUGGUGAGCGAAUAUUGGGUCUGGGUGACCUUGGUGCUUAUGGCAUGGGUAUACCGGUGGGCAAACUGUGCUUGUAUACUGCACUAGCUGGAGUCCCGCCUGCGCACUGCUUACCUAUAACUUUGGAUGUAGGCACUAAUAACCCACUGCUUCUAGAAGACCCGUUGUACAUAGGUUUACGAAGGAAACGAGUUACUGGUAAACAAUAUGACGAAUUUAUUCAAGAGUUUAUGGAAGCGUGCACGCGCGUGUAUUCACAGAAUGUGCUGAUACAAUUCGAAGACUUUGCUCUUCACAACGCUGGCCGACUUCUAGACCAAUACAAGACUUCAUAUUGCACUUUCAAUGACGACAUACAAGGUACUGCUAGUGUCAUUGUAGCUGGAAUGUUGGCAGCUUGCAGAAUUACUAAGAAAAAGUUACAAGACAAUAUUUUUUUGUUCCUCGGAGCUGGCUCUGCAGGUGUUGGUAUAGCAAACUUAAUAUGUGAUGCCAUGGUAGAAGAUGGCGUUUCCAGACAGAACGCUAUAAAGAAAAUUUACAUGUUCGAUGUUGAUGGUCUACUUUCUAUAAAACGCCAAGGUGGGGUACCAUCUCACGCUACUAAAUAUGGAAGGGAUAUGGAACCAACGCACGAUUUCGAGGGCUUUGUGAAGACUAUGAAGCCAACCUGUCUUAUUGGUGUAUCAACAGUGGGUGGUGCCUUUACACCUGCGAUAUUACAACAGAUGGCAAGAAAUGCUGAACGACCACAAAUCUAUGCUCUCUCGAAUCCAACGUCAAAUGCUGAGUGUACUCCACAGCAGGCUUAUGAACACACAAAGGGUCGGUGUAUUUAUGCAUCAGGCUCUCCUUUCCCGCCUGUGAAUUAUGAGAAGAAGCAAUUUGUCACAGGACAAGGUAACAACUCCUACAUAUUCCCGGGAGUAGCGUUGGGAACGCUCCUUUGCUACUCACAUCAUGUACCUGAUACCAUGUUUUUGACUGCUGCCGAGACUUUAGCUAGUAACGUUUCUCAAGAAGAUUUAGAUGUUGGACGAAUUUAUCCACCACUCAAUAAUAUACGGGACUUAUCAUGUAAAAUCGCAGAAGUAAUCAUUGAACGCGCCUACUGUUUGAAUCUUGCCGGCAAAUAUCCUAAACCAAAAGAUUUGCCUCAAUUUGUUAAAGAUAAUGUGUAUGACACAAAGUAUUCGAGCUACUUGCCAGACAUAUACAAAUAUCCUGAAGACGGAAGUGGGAUAAAAGUGAAAACAAUGCGUGACAUGAUAGCAGCAUUUAAGGCGAAAAAUAAAUCGACAAUAAAGCAAGUGCGGGAUUAUAUUGACACUACGUGAAUGAUUUGAAAUCUUCUUGC